AUGGGCGAGUCAUCUUCCUCAUUCAUCCCUAUGUUGCCUCGAUGGCGCCUGCCUCUCAUGGCGCCCUCUCAGGCCCGUCAAAUACGGCAUCGUAUGUGCACAUCCUCAUCUGACGGGGCAAGAUCUCUGAGUCGCCUGCGGGAAAUGCAGCGUUCUAUCCUGCAGAGGCGCUCGAAACUUCAGGACAAGCAUCCACCGGGGCCACCUAAAGACGAGGCCAAGGAGCUCGCCGAAGCCCUUUUUCCGAACGCAAGUAUGCAAGCUGCAAACAAAGCUGGCGUCGAAGCAGACUCGGCAUAUCAGGAUGACGUUAAAAGAGAAACUUUGGGUCCCCUUGGAAUUGAAGAAGAGAACAAACGAGACGUACUACCAGAGAAGACCUCAACUGUACACGAUGAGAAUUGCACGGAGCUGCUGAGUAGCAAUCCUGCAGAAGAACUUGCGGAAGAUUUCGGUCCCGUAAUACAUGAAUGGGGAAGGGGCGAGCCCACAGGUAUGCGGGAAGUACAGGGAAGUUGGCGGGUCACAGCAUCUACGCGAAAAAGGCCGUCUGAAUCAGUAGGCCUCGGCAACGCACUUUCCACCCAGGCUAGAGACGACGACGAACCUUCAUCUUCAGCCCUAGGGCCGAUUACUACGAUCAGGAGGAGUAGUUUCACGCCAAAGGAAAACAGUCAUGGUGAUACUUUGCAAGGAAACGUGUCAAAGAGGCCCAGAAGCCGUCCGGAUGUGCUUGUGAGACCUGAAGUGGGUGGCGAUGCUACUUCUAGCACGAAUGCAGAGCUAUCCCCUAUGGAUGCCAGCAUUAAUAUGUUGAGCCACAUUUCCUUGACGAGAGGGAAUGGGCGCCUGCCGUGGAAAUCCGACAAUUUACGUGACACGGCACAGCUAUCAAUUGAAACAGAAGUUGUCCGGCUCCCAUUCCUAUCCUUGUACACGAAUGGACCUUCCUUUCAACGAAAGGAAUGGAAACUACCGCGACCAGGUUUCAGGCAAAUCAAAUUUGCAAACAGUUCAGCAACCGAAAACCUGAACAAUAGUGACUGCAGUCCUAUAUUAGAAAGUCUCAACGAAUACCAACGACAUGCUGUCAUAUCAGAUCCGAAUCAGGCGUGCCUUGUUCUCGCCGGACCAGGUUCCGGUAAGACGAGAGUUUUGACGCACAGAGUUGCGUAUCUGGUGAAAAAGCACAAUGUUUCACCAUAUCGAAUUUUGGCAGUAACAUUUACGAAUAAGGCCGCGGAAGAGAUGAAGAAACGGGUUGCGGAGCUGUUGGGAAUCAAAUUUUCUCCAGCAUGGGCACAGGACGGCGGUCCUCGCCUUGCAUUGGGCACUUUUCACUCUAUUUCCGCUCGCAUCCUUCGAAAACACGGCUCUGAAACGGGAAUUACUUCUGACUUUGUGAUUUGCGACACAUCAGACACUCGGCAACUCAUUUCGCGAUUACUAAAGAACGAGCAAGGUUCUACCCCUGAUUAUUCAAGUAUCAGCGAGGCUGUAGCAGCAAUCUCAAAGCUCAAGAACGACCGAGAUGGUCAACUAGAAAAGUUUUGGCCACGCCGAGUGUGGAGACGCAUUAAUGAGUUACGAAAUCUUUACGACAAAGAGCUAAGGGCCAUGAAUCACCUCGAUUUUGACGACCUUCUGUUGGAGACCAGGAAACUUCUUCAAACGUCGGAAAGAGUUCGUGGGACUCUUCAAGAGACGUACGAACAUGUUCUUGUUGAUGAGUGGCAAGACACGAACCAUGUCCAGUUCGACAUCGUAUCUCUUCUGUCUGCGAAACAUGAGAAUCUUUUCGUCGUUGGGGAUGCGGACCAGUCUAUAUACAAGUUUCGAGGGGCUGAUAGCGGAAAUUUGGAGCGCUUCAUGGAAGAGUUUCCCAACGCAGCAAAGAUCGCGUUAGAGGAAAACUAUAGGUCAUCCGGAUGUAUUGUCGCAGCCGCCCAAGCUGUGAUCGAGGGCAACACUGACCGACCGUCGAAAAAAAUGACGACUGUCAACGACUUUGGGGCCAAAGUUAUUCUCCGUGAAACACUAGAUGACAGACAAGAAUCGCAAUAUGUUGUAUCAACAGUGAAGAGUCUCCUGCGGGAAAAUUCUCUGAGGUCGUAUUCCGAUGUGGCUAUUUUGUAUCGUACAAACGCACAGUCUAGGUUAAUAGAAGAAGCUUUCAUCCAAAAUGAUAUCCCAUACCGACUCCUGUCAGGUACAAAGUUCUAUGAUCGACAAGAAAUAAGAGACUUAGUCGCUUAUCUUCGUGUAUUGUCGAAUCCAGCCGACGAUACAGCCUUCAGACGAAUUGUGAACACCCCUCCGCGGGGGAUCGGCAAGAAGACGCAGGAAGAAUUCGAACAGUUUUGCUUGGAGAGGCAAGUGCCUCUCGUUCUGGGGCUCAGUGAGUUACUUAAGCUAUACACAAAUGGGGACGUGAGCGAUGGCGCAAUCGGAAUGGGAAGGGCUGCUACGCAGAAGCUUGCAGGUUUCGCGGACAUGCUGAGCAAACUGCAAAAAAGGUCUGAAUCAUUUCUUUCCGACGAGGAACCCAGUCCAGGGAGUGAUUGCGUCGACACGUUGCUCACGGCCAUCAUCGAGGAGGUUGGCUACCGUGAUUACGUUGAGAAACGAGAGGGAAAUGGCUCUGCGGCAUCUGAAAAGGUGUUAGAGAGGCUUGGGAACAUUGAAGAGCUUGUUCGUGCGUCCUCGCGGUUUAGUAGCCUGCAUCGAUAUCUUGAAGGAGUGACUCUCAUGGUUGAUACCAUGCACAAAGGAGCAGGGAACGCCGAUAAUGGUUCCUCUGACAGAGCUUCUGCUUCACUGAUGACGUUGCACGGCGGUAAGGGCCUAGAAUUUGGAGCUGUUUUCAUUAUUGGCGCAGAGGACAGUGUGAUUCCUAUCUCGCGAGGAGCAAAGGGGGACAUUGAAGAAGAACGCAGAUUACUAUACGUGGGAAUGACAAGAGCGAAGGAACACCUUCAAAUCACAUGGAGGGCUAAAAAACUAGUUUUGCAAGGUGGAAAGGCCUUCUCCCGUGAAAGUUCGGGGCCAUCUCGAUUCCUUGACGACAUUCCAGCUGAACUAGUAACUCGUAUUGUGACGCCAUCGUCCAGUAACAGACGUUCAAAUCACACACACAGCCCGGCCCGGCGUCGCGGGAAACACAAAACGGGCCGCUUGUCGUCUCAGCUGGCUUCUUUGUCUCUCGAAGUGGAAGGCCCUGUCACUCAAUGGCGAGCAGGGGAUUCAGUACGCUGCGGCGAGCAUGGAAGGGGCACAGUAACCAUUGGAGGACCUGCAACUGAGGGAGGUGCAUGGAUUGAGGUCAUGUUCGCUGACGGAUCACGGCACUUUGUCAACACAAUUGCCCAAAAUGUGGAGUUGUUAUACACACCAUCGUCAUGA